AUGGUCACACCUGGAUGUCUGGUCAUGUGUGACACUGUGACAGACGGUGGAGGAUGGACCAUUUUCCAAAGACGUGUUUCUGGAACUGUCGACUUUUACCGGAACUGGACAGAGUACAAGAACGGCUUUGGGAAUUUUAGUUCGGGUAAUUUUUACCUGGGUAACGAAAACAUUUAUUUGAUUACGUCAAAGAGACAACACGAGCUUCGAGUGGAUUUGACAACUGUUGACGGCGUUAGCUAUUUCGCCAAGUACUCCAACUUCAGCAUCACUAGCGAGGCUGACGGCUACAGGCUGCAGGUGUCCGGGUACUCCGGCACGGCGGGUGACGGUCUUGUCUACCACAACCUGAUGAAGUUUACCACGUACGACCAGGACAACGACUUAUACGGUGAUAACUGUGCCAGUGUUUACCACGGCGCCUGGUGGUACCAGAGUUGUUACUACAGCAACCUGAACGGAGAGUGGGGCUCAACAACCGUAACGGGUAUCAAUUGGAAUUUUGCAAAUGGCGUUGGUUACCAUUUUCCACUUACGGAGAUGAAAUUUAGAUUUCUUUAA